AUGGGGGAGCCCCCCUCCAUGGGAUUAGAGACAGGCACAGGAUCGUUCAAGCACAAGGGCAGCAAGAACAAGGAUGGGGAAGUGCUGCAGCUCCAGGAAGGAGAGCGAGGACCAACACCAGCUCCCUGGAGGCAGGAAACGGCAAGGGCAGAAGCUGUUUUACAAGUUCCCUGGAAAGAUGAAUACAGAUCUACAGCUGCUGAUCCCAGACCUGGAAAAAUUCAUCAGUGGCUCCAAACGAUGACAUACAUUCAUGCUAGUGAUUAUUGGUGCGAGCAGCCACAGCAGGAGAUGAUGUUGGGUUUGGGCAAAGGGAAUGAAAAGAGAUGUGGCGCUCUAGGGGUGUACAAAUCGUACUGCAGUGUCAUCUGCUCCCCUUCCAGUGUCCUUUACGCCACCGAGCCGAGAUUCAUCCCCCCCAUCCGGGGGCUGCGGGGAGUGUAUAUACAUAUAAACAUGCUGUAUGAAAGUGAUGCAGAUCAUCUGGAAGAACAGGGGAAACUAAAGGCUCUAAGAAGCUUCCAGUUUCCAUGUGACCAGGUGAUGUUAUCUGAGAGCCCUUCAUCUUCAGUUCAUGCUCUGCGGCCAGCUGACAUUAAAAUAGUCACUGCAAUAGGAAGUUUGCAAAGAGCACAAGGAUUUGGUGUACAUCAUGAGCAUUUACUCCAAAGCACAGGAAAGAGCCUCCUUGAAGUGAGCGUGGAAACUUUAGCAGCUCUUAUCAGCAGUUUUAAUCCGUCGGUCCUACACCAGCCUCCUCUGCCUGGCACAAAGGGAGUGACAUCAGAGAGUCAAGCCAUAGACCUCCUGCAUCAAGCUGAAGGAAUAGUGAAGCUCAUGAAGGAGAAUCAGAUGAUGGACUUCCAGAAUGACUGGAAACUUAUCACAGUGUUUUUUAGUGCUGAAAACCCAUGUUCUUCCUGUGCCUCCACACUACUGAAGAACUGCAUAUUGGACAACCUGGAAAAACUCAAACCUGUCUUGGAUUUUUUGUAUAAUGAGGUUCCCAAGGCCUUUGUAAAUCUGGUGGAUUUCACUGAACUCACAACUCUCUCUCUUGCAUGCCAAGAUCACAAUAAUGCCAGUAUGUUGAAGAUCUCAGGUUUCCACUUUGUUUCUGAUAAACUCUGCAAGGCAUAUUUUUACUACGCAACUAUAGGCACUUUUAAUCCUACCAAGCUGGAGAGCAAGUAUUCAAAUCCUAGUAAUCAGUGCAGUUGUUUUGGUGAACACUCCAUAUUCAGUGAUAGCAUACUGAGGUGGUCCUAUCAGGAUGCUUGGGAAAAGCUACUGGAGAGGUUUGAUCAAAAGAAUGACUUCACUGUCGUUGUUCAGCCUUCUCUCCAAGAAAGUAAUCUGCUGCUCAGGCUGGGCAGGGAUGGUUUCAAUACCACAUCAAAGACACAAGGGGAAACUCUGGAAGAAGACUAUAUUUCCAUGGCUUUGAGUCUCUGGAACAACAUGAUGGAGCCAGUUGGACAGAAGCAGCCUUACAGUGCCACAAAAACUCUUCGGGUCCGGUGUCCAUCUCAGGAAAGCCCAUAUCUGUUUACAUAUGGAAAUAGUAACUACUCAUCUUCCCCAGAGACAUCAAGCACCAGAGAAACAUCUCAGGAGAGAAGUUAUGGAACAAAUAUUCCCUGUUUUGACCGGGAUCCCUCUGAUACCAUUCCAGUUUCAGUUCACAAUUUGAAACCAGCAGAUAUUCGUGUGAUCGCCGCCCUCGGAGAUUCACUCACAGCGGGUAAUGGGGCAGCAUCCAGACCCCAGGAUGUUCUUGAUGUCCUGACUCAAUACCGAGGUGUUUCUUGGAGUGUUGGAGGAAAUGAAAACAUAAGCACUGUCACGACACUAGCAAACAUUCUUCGUGAGUUCAACCCAUCCCUGAUAGGGUAUUCUAUUGGCACUGGAAAGGAGACUACAGAUAAUGCUGCUCUCAAUCAAGCUGUGGCAGGGGAUCGUGCAGAGCAUGUUCCUGCCCAGGCUAGAAGACUAGUGGAACUAAUGAAGAAUGAUACUAGAAUCAAUAUGCAGACAGACUGGAAGCUUAUAACACUUUUCAUAGGAGGAAAUGACCUAUGUGAAUUCUGCAACAAUCCAGUACGCCUCUCUCCUGAAAAUUACACCUACAAUAUACAGAUAGCUUUGGACAUACUUCACAGAGAGGUUCCACGGGCAUUUGUGAACCUGGUGACAAUUCUUCCCAUAGCAAGCCUCCGGGAGCUGCACGCCUCAAGGAAUACCUGCCCAAAGCUGAUUAUGAGGAUUCUGUGUCCUUGUGUCAUAAACCCCAAGGAAAAUUCCAGUGACCUGAAGAAGUUGGUCUACUUUAACAGAAGGUACCAGGAGAGAACCCGCCAGUUAGUGGAGAGCGGCAGGUAUGACACUACAGAUGAUUUCACGGUGGUUAUGCAACCAUUUCUGAUGAAUGCAACCAUUCCAAGGACAGAGGAGGGGUUGCCAGACCGUUCCUAUUUUGCCCCAGAUUGUUUCCACUUCAGCCAGAAGACGCAUUCCCAGGCUGCACGUGCUUUGUGGAACAACAUGCUGGAACCUUUAGGAGAGAAGACAGAUAAUCAGCAAAUGGAAGAUGAGAUUGUUCUCAAAUGUCCAAGUGAAACUGAGCCAUUCCUGAGGACAUAUAAGAACAGUAAUUACACAUACCCCAGCCGAACUCUAAAUUAUGGAAGCCAGCUGCUAUGUGAAGACAGGUCUCCGUCCUCCCCUCCUGCAACUUCAGUGCAUUCCCUAAAGCCAGCUGAUGUGAAAAUUAUAGCAGCCCUUGGGGAUUCUUUAACGGCCGGCACAGCAAUUGCCUCAGAUAAUCUCCUGGAUUUGAACACCGCAUACCGGGGACUGUCCUGGAGUAUUGGAGGAGAUGCAUCAUUAGAGAAUGUGACAACUCUACCUAACAUCUUUCGAGAGUUCAAUGUUACGCUCGUGGGGUACUCAACCGGCACUGGGAGUGAGAAUGAUUCAAAUGCAUUCCUUAACCAGGCAGUUCCUGGAGCACAGGCUGAGCACCUACCAGCCCAAGCAAGAAAUCUCCUGAGACUAAUGAAAACUGAUCCUAGAAUUGACUUCAGUGCUGACUGGAAGCUCAUAACAGUCCAUAUUGGAGGCAAUGAUCUGUGCAACUAUUGCAAGGACCCUGGUCACUACUCAGAUGUGAAUUUCACCAGAAGAGUUCAAGAAACUCUUGAUAUUCUGCACAAGGAGGUUCCAAAAGCUCUAGUGAGUGUAGUUGAUGUGAUGAACCUCCUUCCUCUGCGACAGUUGUUCAUGGAUAGUCAAACUCAGUGCCCAACUUACAUGGCAGAUUAUCUGUGUAGUUGUGUUCUCACAGGAGAAGACAACUCACUGGAGUUAACUAUGGUGAAGGAAGCCAUCAAAGCUUACCAGCUUGGCAUUCAGAGACUAGUGGAGUCCGGCAGAUACGACACUCGUGAAGAUUUCACAGUCGUCAUCCAGCCGUUUUUCCAAAAUAUCAAGACUCCUCUUGGUCAGGAUGGACAUCCAGAUAUCUCCUACUUUUCACCUGACUGCUUACAUCCAAGUCAGAAGGGACAUUCUCAGCUUGCCAAGGCUCUUUGGAAUGCUAUGCUGCAGCCUGUAGGGCAGAAAACGGACUCACUUGAUUUCAUGGCUGACAUUGUCCUUGACUGUCCAGCUCAGAACAAACCAUUCCUGGGAACAAACAAGAACAGCAACCAUACAUAUCUGCCCGUGGAGCCCACUAAUGAACCAACAGAGAACUGGGGCAGUGACCUGUCAUGUUCUGAACGGGCUCCAUCCAGUCAUGUCCCAACAUCAGUGCAUGAGCUACAACCUGCUGACAUCAAGGUCAUAGGUGCAUUGGGAGAUUCCCUGACUACUGCAUUAGGAGCCAAACCAAAUGACCUACAGACUGAAUUGAGGGGACUUUCCUGGAGUAUUGGAGGUGAUGGGACCCUGGAGACCCACACUACUUUACCCAAUAUCCUGAAAAAAUUCAGUCCAAACCUCUUUGGCUUCUCCACUGGCAACUCUAAGGAAACAGCUGGAUUCAAUGUUGCAGAAGGAGGGGCCACAGCACGCAAUAUGACUGUCCAAGCACAUAAAUUGGUGGAGCUAAUGAGAAGCAGCUCGGAAAUUAAUUUCAAGGAAGAUUGGAAGCUGAUCACUGUCCUCAUUGGAGGCAACGACCUAUGCCAGUACUGCUUGGACAAGGAAACCUAUUCAGUGCAGAAGUAUGUAAAGCACCUUCAGGACAUGCUGGAUAUUUUCUAUGAGGAGCUCCCAAGAGUCUUUGUCAACAUGGUGGCCAUACUAGACAUCUCUGGACUGCGUCAGAUAGCAGCAAGCUAUUCAGAGUGUGCUUCGAUAGUGAAGAGCAUUUGCCCAUGUGUCUUAAACCCUGAGGAAAAUUCUUCCAAACUACAAGAAAUUAAGAGAAUUAACAGAGAUUUUCAGGCUGAAGCUUUGCAGCUUGUCAACAGCGGUCAGUAUGAAGAGAGGGAGGACUUCGCAGUUGUCAUGCAGCCAUUUUUCCGCAACACUUUGUUGCCUCUGGAUAGUAAUGGCAAGCCAGACCUGAGUUUCUUUGCUGCAGACUGCUUUCAUUUCAGUCUAAGAGGAUAUGCUGAGAUGGCCAUGGCUCUCUGGAAUAAUAUGCUGGAGCCGGUCGGAGAAAAACAGACUUACAACAACUUUACCCGCGACAGAUCAAAACUCAAGUGUCCAAACCCAGAGAAACCAUUUCUUUCCACACUGAGAAACAGUGGAUUCAGAAAUUCAGAUCUCAACUUGGAGAAAAGUGAACCUUCAGUCCCUUAUUGGGCUGUCGUUGUGGCUGCAGUAGCCGGAGUCCUGGUGGGUUCUUUAUUCAUCUGGUUUGUGUCAGGAAGAAGAGCCAAGAGGCACCCACAAAACACAGAAAACAACACUAAAGAGACAGUUCUGUAAAGCAAAUGGAACAAACACCUUUCUCUGCAGAGGCUGCUCUCUGUUGUGAUGCAGAGAGCAGCAGAAUG